UGCCCAGCAACGAGUCAACUACAAAUGAAGAUGGACUCUUCUGAGAAACAACCAGCUGAAGACAAUUUUCAAGGUGACCCCACAGGAAAGCAGAAAGCUUCUGGGGAAACGGAAAGCUCAAAUGUUCAGCCACCUCCAGAGAACAACACAACUUCCCAAUCAGCAGGUGCACAGGAAGCACAUACACAAGCAGAGGACCCUUCACAAGACAAAGCUCAGGCUCCUGCAGCCUCUGAGCAGGUGCAGCAGCAGCCAGGUGGGAGUAGUGAUGUUGUGGAGGAAGAGGAGGAGCGAAUGGGGAUGAAGAAACUCUCUGAGGACAUGUACUAUAACUAUGACGAGCUGUACUCCAGACCAGUCAUCACUGCAGACUCGGAGAUCCCAGAGAACCUGCUGCACCUUACGCACUCUUUUGGGUAUGACUGUGGGCGCAGGGCUAACCUGCAGCUGCUGGAUGAGCGAACGCUGGCCUUUGUGGCUGGAAACCAGCUCAUAUUCCUGGAUGUUCGGACCAAGGAGCAACGCUACCUCCGCUCCUGCAGUGGGGGAGGCAUCGGCACCAUCAUGGCCCACCCCAGUAAUAGGUAUUUUGCUGUGGCAGAGAAGGGAGACCAGCCCAACAUCGUCAUCUAUGAGUAUCCCUCACUACGACUCUACCGCAUUCUCAGAGGUGGGACAGGGCAGGCUUACAGCUUUGUGGACUUUAACCAUGAGGGCACCCUGCUGGCCAGUGUGGGUAGUGCUCCGGACUACAUGCUGACCCUGUGGGAAUGGAGACAUGAACAGGUGAUGCUGCGCUGCAAGGCCUUCUCACAGGACGUCUACAGGGUCACCUUUUCACCUGACAAUCCUGGGCAACUCACCACCUCCGGAUCUGGACACAUCAAGUUUUGGAAAAUGGCCAGCACUUUUACUGGUCUCAAACUGCAAGGGCUUCUGGGAAGGUUUGGGAAGACUGCCCUGACUGAUAUUGAGGGUUAUGUGGAGCUGCCUGAUGGGAAGGUAGUGUCGGGGUCUGAGUGGGGAAACAUGCUGCUGUGGGACGGGGGCCUGAUCAAGGUAGAGAUAUGCCGUAAGGGGGGCAGGACGUGCCACGCUGGCACCAUCCAGCAGUUUGCUUUGGACGAGGGGGAGCUCAUGACCAUCGGCUCCGAUGGAGCCAUUAGGGGCUGGGACUUUGAGAGCAUUGACACAGCAGACUGUAACGAUGACAGCGGUCUGUUUGAGAUUGAGCCCAUGAACGAGAUGGUGAUUGGACGCAACGUCAGCCUGUCCUCCAUGGUCAAAAGCUGCCUGCCAGACUCCUUCAUCUGGUUCGCCCAGGAUUCCAAUGGAGGCAUCUGGAAACUGGAUCUUUCAUUUUCCAACAUUACCCAGGACCCAGAGUGUCUGUUCUCCUUCCAUGCUGGAGUGAUCCAGGGAAUGGAUGUGUCCAGCACUAGCCAUCUGAUGGCCACCACCACUUUAGACCGCUCAGUCAGGAUUUUUGACUUCCUUGCAAAGAAAGAACUAACAACCAGCCGCUACAAACAAGGUGGAACAACACUGACCUGGGCGCCACGCCUGGUGAACCCUAGUGGAGGGCUGGUGGUGGUGGGCUUUGAGGACGGGGUGGUCCGUCUGCUGGAGCUCUACAACCCCCAGAGUUUACGAGUGGUUGCCGGGCGCAGUCGCUAUGGAGAUGCCGAGCUCCGUCUCAAACAGGCCUUCAAACCCCACAAUGCAGCUGUGACGGCCAUUGCAUAUGAACGUAACGGCGAGAUCCUAGCUACUGGGAGUAUGGACUGCACUGUGUUCUUCUUCACUGUGGGGGACAGGUAUGACCCCAUUGGGUUUGUCACAGUACCAGGACCUGUACAGGGUCUGGAGUGGUCCCCCCAGUCACAUGGCAAAAACACCCUGCUGGUCCUGUGUAGGAGUGGUCAUGUAGUGGAGGUCCAGUCUCCAGACCCAGAGGCCCAGAACCACGGCACCACCUACCAAAUCUCUGGCCUCCCCACAAGAAACUUCACCUUCAGCAGCAUCAAGUCACACAUCAAGCGGGAGGAGGAGAUUGCGCGCAGGCAGGCUCUGAAGGAGAAGAAGCAGAAGGAGAGAGAAGCACAGCUGAAGAAAGCCAAGGAGGAGGGCCUUGAGCCCACUGAGGAGGAGCUGCAGGAGGUAGAGGAGGAGGAGGAGCUGCCCCCUCUUUACACCCCUGACCCCCCCAGCCCUCUCUGCUGUGGCUUCUACUCUCUUCCUGGGGCCUUCUGGCUCUCCAUGGGAGGCUAUGAUUCGGGGUUCCUGUACCACUGUAAGUUUUCCGAGCAGCAGGGUGAGGACCUGUUACAGCGCAGGGAUGAGCCGUUCACCUUCCUGCCUGUCCAGAAUACAGACGAGGACCCCAUCUGCACCAUCACCUUCAGUGUGUCUAUCCAUGAGAGGAAGACGCAGAUGAACAGUUGCAUAAUGGCCCUAAGGGACACUAAGGUGAGCCUCGUGUCACGCCUGCGCUCCCAGGCCCAGCAGCUACAGGCUGUCCAGGAGCGCCUAGCGCCUCAUUUCUGCAGCCCUGCCCCCACCCUGCCCUCCCUGCUGCCCGAGGAGACCCCUGAGACGAAGCUACGCUACACCCGCACCACCCUGCAGCGCUACGGGGCCCUGAGGGCUCAGAGGGCCUGUACUCGUGGCCAGGAACUAGAGGGGGGGCAGACUCUGCUGGAACAGCUGGAGGCAGAGAUAGAAAAACAGGAGGAGACCCCCUGCCAUACACCUGCAGAUAGGAGAGAGAGGGAGGUGGAGGAAUCUGGGGUGACCGAGCUGGAGGAGGAGAUGAGGGAGGUGGAGGAGAUCAGGCUGCUGUAUGAAGAGGAAUCCCUGCUGGAACAGAUGUCGUCGUCAAUGUGGCAGUUUGAUGCGGAGCUGUGCCUGCUGCGUCACGAGAAGCUGUGGCUAGACAUCCAGAUGAAGCUGGCUGACCUGCGCCAUGUCACCCUGUUCCAGGAGCUGCUGCUGCUCAAAGAGUUUGAGAAGAGAGAGAACUCCUUGCAGGAGAGACUCAAUGCCUGCGUGGAAGAAGAGGAAGACCUCAGGUCUAAGUUGGAGGAGUGUAAGCAGGCACUGGAGCUGAAGCGGAGGGACAUCUCCAAGCUCCAGGAGAGAGAGAGGGCCAUAGCUGCCACCUUCCAGGCCUCUCUAGGGGAGAACAACAAGUUUGCUGACUUCCUCACCAGGGUCUUCAAGAAGAAGAUCAAACGCGUCAAGAAGAAAGAAAAGGCCAGAGAUGACGAGGAGCAGGAGGACAGUGAUGAAGAUUCUGAUGAAGAGUCUGACUGGGAUGAGGAUGAGGAUGACAGUGGCUCAGAGAGCGGUGGUCCUCUGGAUGACAGCGUCUGCCCCCCAAACUGUAACUCAGAGCUGUUUGAGAACACGGUGCAGCUCCGUGAGCGUCGUCUGGACCUCGAGGAGCUGCUGGUGGAGGAGAAGAAGACUGCAGACAACCUGAGGAAAGAGUGUGACUCCCUCGUCAAGAAGGAAAAAGUGGUUCAUGGCAGUCUGAAAGCAGCAGAGGGAGACCUGGAGCUGUUCAACAGAGAGAAACAACAGAAGCUCAAUGAGCUGGAUGUGGUGGUUCCCCUCAGACUGCACCAGAUAGAGUUUGUGAGCAAUGGGGUGGUACCGUGCAGCCUGGCCCCAGCACUGGUGCUGAACACAGUGGCAUUGGGAGGACUACAGGAGAGGAUUAAAGAACUGCAGGUGGAGAAGAGUGAACAGAGGGACCUCUACAGACAGGCCAGGCAGCAGCACGUCCAGCUCAUUCACGACCGCAAGGACAUGGAGGCCAAGAUACAGAGUCUGGAGGCGCGCUGUGAGCAGCUGAUGCUGAUGAAGUUUGGGAAGCUAGUGGACCUGGAAGCCUUACAGACUCUGUCUGGCAACAGAAACCUGGAGGAGAUGAGACAGGAUAGCAGAGUCCGAGAGGCCGCUUACACACAGGAGGUCAGACAGUGGGAGGUGAAAGUGACAGAGGCCCGUCAUGCGGUGACAGAGGUGACAAGACAUCACACAGAGCGUCUCCUCAGUAUGAACAGCCUGCUGAGCCAGAAGAAAGAAAUGGAGGACAAACUCAACACCAGGCAGAGCAGGAUGGGUACCCAGUUCCAGGGCCGUCGGCAUGCUGAGGAGGACGAGAGGCGGAGGCUGUACCAGCUGGUCCAGAGUCAAGCUCAGGAGGCAAACGCCCUCCGCCAGGAGAUCAACAUCCUGUCCAGAAAGGGGGGUCACAUCCUGCCCCCCAGCCAGGCCCCAUUGCCCCCCCUGCCCAAAGCUCCAUCCCGCUCCACCCGUACCAACCCAGAGAGGCUCAACAGACCCUUCAAACUGGGAGGGGGGCAUCCAUCCACCAGCAGCCAGGGGGUGGAAUAGAUACCCACACAUAUUAUACAAAGAUAACACAUUCAUACAUUAACAUUAAUACCUCUCAUACUGUAUUUUUGCUCACCUGUCCCACACUGCUCCCCCCUCUUCCUCACACACACGUACUUAUACCUAGCUGUAAACAAGAUCUUUCCGAGAAUAAACUUGUUAGAUUUGAUUGA